AUUUUUCAUGGGGAGCAACUCGUAAAAUCACAGGUGGGGAUAAUGGACAUGGUCAUAGUGUUGUUUUCCAAUUUGAUUCGGUUAAUAUUCCGAUGAAGAAAUGGGCUCAAUGGAAAGUUGAACAAAUAGGUGCAAAAAACUUAGUUGAGUGGUAUGGUAAUAUGAAAGAAAGUAAUAAAGGACUUACGAAACCACAAAAAAUUCCUUUACACGGAGAAUAUAAUCAAAUGAACAGUUUACCUAAUUUACCGUCACCUGGUAGACGUGAAGAGGAAACUACGAGACGAGCUUCACGCGAAUAUAAAUAUGCUAGUAGAAAACCAGUUGGUGGGCUGCAGCCUUCAACUGAAUAUAAAUUUGAUAGCGAAAGGCCUAUCAGUAGACCGCCACAAACUAUAGAUUUUUCACCUACAAAUAGUCCUAUAGUUUCUUCACCUGGUUAUGGUGGAUCCCAAUAUAAGCCACUAUCUCCGCCACAAACUAUAGAUUUUUCACCUACAAAUAGUGAAUCUCAACCUAUAGUUUCUUCACCUGGUUAUGGUGGAUCUCAGUAUAAGCCACUACCUCCGCCACAAACUAUAGAUUUUUCGCCUACAAAUAGUGAAUCUCAACCUAUAGUUUCUUCAUCUGGUUAUGGUGGGUCGCAGUAUAAGCCACUACCUAAGGCGCCUUCAUCUGGAAUUAAUUUUGAAACGAACGGAAGACCUGUUGGUCCCAGGUCACCUGAAUUCAAUAAAGAUUAUGGUAAUUUAGAUAUACUUUUUAAAAACAGCUAA